AUGCCUAUCGAUACACCUUGUGCGGUGAAUGCAUUACCCACAACUCACCCCUCUGUGCAUAUCAACACAGAGCCUCAAUCCAUGCAUCCAGUGUCACAGUCUUGCACUCCACGGUCUCACUCUCCAUCCCUUACUUCUGUUGUGGCUGUGAGUCAGGCACCAGUUAGUCGGCCAGAUACUCCUUAUGGUGGAUCGAGUGUAGAUUGUAGGAGUCGUCGAGUGUUGAAUCGGGCAGAUGAAGCGCCAUACCGCAGAGCCAGCAGUUGUUCAAGAAGUCCCGAUAUGUCAGGUCGUGCCAGUACUCUAUAUGCUGGCGCUGGGUGUCAGCGGUUGUUGUCCAUGCCUCCAUCUAGUGGUGGGGAACAUGAUGUUUUGAUGGACUAUGACCUUCCUCUCCAAAUGGAAAUUGACCAUGACAUGCUUUCAAUCCAGCCUUGA